UUUUUCCUCUUUUGUCUUUGGCUUCUUUUUAGUUUAUUCAUUCACUUAUUGUAAGAACCAACGAGCGGGAGAGAAGAACCAUUCUUUCAAUCUCGCGGCCACAAAACUUGGAUUCCCUGAUCUCUGUUUUCCAUCUUCCUAUCCGAUCUCGACAGCACUAUCUCAAGAAAUCUACUGGAUUGGUUAGAUCCUUCUUGAGAGAGUUUGAAGAUGGGUUAUGUUGGGGUACAUGGAGUUGCUGCGUUGAAAAGACACAAAUACAGUGGUGUAGAUAAUUCGCUUGUUGCGAAAUACAUCUUACAACCCUUUUGGACUCAUUGCGUUACUUUGUUUCCACUUUGGAUGCCACCAAAUGUGAUAACACUUAUUGGUUUUACAUUCUUAUUUACUUCAGCACUCCUUGGUUACGUGUAUGCUCCUUUUUUGGAUGUACCACCUCCAAGAUGGGUACAUCUUGCACACGGAUUGCUUCUUUUCUUAUACCAGACAUUUGAUGCUGUUGAUGGUAAGCAAGCUAGACGAACAAAUUCCUCCAGUCCCUUGGGGGAACUUUUCGACCAUGGAUGUGAUGCACUUGCAUGUGCGCUUGAAGCCUUGGCUUUUGGGAGCACUGCGAUGUGUGGAAAGAGUGCUUUCUGGUUUUGGGUUAUUGCAGCUGUUCCAUUUUACGGUGCAACUUGGGAGAACUAUUUCACCAAUACGCUUCUUCUUCCGGUGGUAAAUGGACCCACUGAAGGUCUCAUGUUGAUAUACUUGACCCACGUCUUUACCUUUUUCGUUGGUGCUGAAUGGUGGGUUCAACAGUUUGGGGUGUCUAUUCCUUUAUUGAGUUGGGUACCUUUUAUUUCUGAAAUCCCGAUGUACAGAGUUGUUUUGCUUCUGAUGACUGCUUUUGCUGUUAUACCAACUGUUAUCUUCAACAUAUACAAUGUCCAAAAGGUCGUUCAAGCAAGAAAAGGAAGCAUGUUCCUGGCAUUAGCAAUGCUUUGCCCCUUCAUCAUACUCUUAGGAGGAAUACUAGUCUGGGAUUAUUUGUCCUCAGCUGAUUUCAUCAGGAAAUAUCCGCAUUUAGUCAUAUCAGGAAGUGGACUUGCAUUUGGAUUCCUUGUGGGGAGGAUGAUUCUGGCUCAUAUGUGUGAUGAACCCAAGGGAUUGAAAACUGGAAUGUGCAUGUCACUACUGUAUCUUCCUUUUGCUGUAGCAAAUGCGCUCACUGCCAAGCUCAAUGAUGGAGUUCCUUUAGUUGAUGAAAGAUUGGUGGUUGUUGGCUACUUUAUCUUCACAGUAUCACUGUACCUCCACUUUGCGACAUCAGUCGUUCACGAAAUUACUGCCGCCUUGGGUAUCUGCUGUUUCAGGAUAACCAGCAAAAAGGCGUAAAGAUUCCACGACGGUGAAGUCCGAUUAUUUGCUUCAAGCUUUGGUGGUCCAGAAACUACGUAUUAUCUAUCAUUUAACUUUUCCCGAUGCUGUGAACUGCUAACAAACUAAUUAACACCCGCAAGCAAAUUGGCGGUGUAUUUAAGUAGUCAACUUUUGUGAAUGUUCUUUUUUGUUGAUCUGUAGUUCUGGUUAUCCUCAAAAAAGGUUUGAUUGUUCUUAGAAAUAAUAUUUUUAACCUUACACAAUGGUAAAAUGGAUGUUUCAUUCAAGGUAGUUAAUUUCGGAUUCCGGUUUAUCUCGGUCCCGAGCGAGACACUGGUACAACAUUGUCUCGGGGAGAUUCCGCUUUCAAAUUUCGGUGUAAUUUCGGUUCCAACUUUUAUAAUAAGAAGUGUUUGUUGCCAGGUUCAA